AGGACCUUGAUGCAUCGCUUCCUUUCAGCCAUUAAAUUGGGCAGGGUCCAGAUUGUUGUGUUUUUACCGCAACCUAUGCGCAAUUUUGCCACACAAUGACCAAACUCUGGCACUUUAUGCAUGUUUGUAAUUUUUAUAUGGCAUAGAUGAGUAUAGCGUAUCGGCAUAUAUCGUCAUUAAGUCAAAUAAUGUCGGGAGCGGCCGCUGUAGGUGCGUCCUCUUGCAUAGGCGCAGCUGCGGCAGCUAGCUGUAGCUCCGCCGGCUCUUCCUAUGUUACAGUGGGUGGAUGUACCGGGGUGGCUGGCAGGUUGCCUGGCCGGGUUCUUGAACAUAUCUUUUCAUAUUUGGACUUGCCUGAUUUAAUGCAAUGCUCGUUAGUGUGUUGGCACUGGAAUACCACUCUCGCCGACGAAAACAGCGAAGUGUGGCGCAGUCUUUGCGCUCGCUCUCUGAGUGAAGAGGCGCUUCGAUCUGACAUUCUGUGCAACCUGCCUACGUACAAGGGGAAGCUCAAGUCCUACCAACAUGCUCUUAGCACCCACGACUGCUCCCGCAACGUUUACGUCAAGAAGAAUGGCUUCACCCUCCACCGAAACCCCAUCGCCCAGAGCACCGACGGCGCCCGCGGCAAGAUUGGCUUCUCCGAGGGGCGUCACGCCUGGGAGAUCUGGUGGGAGGGGCCCCUGGGAACCGUGGCGGUGAUCGGACUGGCCACGAAGAGGGCGAACAUGCAAUGCCAGGGCUACGUGGCUCUGCUGGGCAGUGACGACCAAAGCUGGGGCUGGAACCUCGUGGACAACAACCUGCUACACAACGGUCAAGUCAACGGCAACUUCCCUCAGUGCAACAACGCACCAAAGUACCAGAUCGGCGAGAGGAUACGGGUGAUCCUGGACAUGGACGACAAGACGCUGGCCUUCGAAAGGGGUUUUGAGUUCCUGGGCGUGGCGUUCCGUGGACUGCCCAAAGCCUGCCUGUUCCCAGCCGUGUCGGCCGUGUACGGCAACACAGAGGUCACCAUGGUGUACCUGGGCAAGCCCCUGGACGGCUAGGGCCUGUCUGCGUCGCCAAAGCCUUUGGGUGGUAUUGGGGGAUGGACCUUUCCCGGGACCUUGUUUUUAUGUUUGUGUGUGACCUUGGGGCCAGUGUACUCAGAGCUGCUCCUCGCUGAAGUGGGUCGGUCUGGGCUGAAGGGGGACCUGGAUCCGGCUGGGGGGUGGGGGGGGUGGGGGGGGCUUCUUUGCGGUUCCGUUGUAUCUAUUCCAGACUCGGUGGGAUCCGGGGGAGUGGUCGUGUCAUAUAAGGUAUGUCCAUUGGUCAUGUGAUGCUGGACUCGUUCCGUUCGGUGGAAACUGCUCACGCUUACAUGAAUUUAGGUUUUUAGGCUCACCACGCCUGACCUUUUACUGGAGCAUUUUAUGUCUCUUAAGCAGGGCCAAAGCAAUCAUGAACUGAGGCCAAUACUUUUAUCCCAUAUGUGUCAUUUAAAAAGGCUAGCCAAUGUAUUAGUGAGUGUAAGCCAGUUAUCAGGGUUAACGUGGUCCUCCAUUGACUGGAUCAUUGUGCUUGACCAUGCCGACCCAGUGUGACCUGAUGUUCUCAUAUAUUUACAUCUAUCUAGAUCUAGAUAAAGAUAGGUGUGUAGAUAUAUAUCUAUGUACAGAUCAAUAUAUAUUUAUCUAGGGAUAUCUAUCUCUCUAUAUCUAUAUAUCUCCAAAUGCAGAGUUUGUACAGGCAAACAUCAGAGGUAGUUUUACAAAAGCAUGCAUUCAUUUCUGCCUCCUGUUUGCAGCGACUCCCUUGUAAAAACACCCAGAGCACUUGAGCAGAAAUGGAACCAAGAAGCCUAUUUUACCAUGUAAUGUUACUGUGUAUCACUUUUUUUUAUUGUUCUGUUGUCAUAUUAAGCAUUAUUUAUUUCUUAUUUUAUCCAUGGUACUCUUGAUGGGGUCAUGUGACCUGAAAGUAAAAGUCUAUUUGUUGCCAAUCCCAAUUAUCAGAAUAAAGAUAGCGUAAUGCCUGUGCGUUUGACCAUGUUUGACCCUGGACAGGCCUACAUGCUAGUCUUGUGAAGGCUAACAAUUAGUGAAUGGUACAUCUGUGGUUUAAAUUGAAUUCAAAACGUCUUGCUUAAUUCUCAAGCAGCACAAAUACAGUUGGUUCCAGUCCAGUCUAAUAUCUCAAGGUAGAACCGGAGAUGGGCUCCCGAGAUUUAGGCUGGCUUCUCGAGACUAAUGGUAACCAGUAUGUAGCCAGUAUGUGUGAGUGAUGAGAGAGACCAUCCCAGCCAGAGUUUUGAUUGCGGGCCAAUUAUGGAAAGAUGUAAUAGAGGCCUGCCAUGAAAUGCACCUGACUUGAACAUGUUUGUCAGUGAUGACUGGUUACAGUCUAAAUGUAUCCAGUAUGGGUCCACGUGAUUGGUUAGACCAGAGCAUCUUUGGUCUGAUUGAGUCAGAGAGACACCAGAACACUGUCAUGCACACAUAAUAAUAUAUAUAAUAAUUAAUAAUCUUCAUAUUUACUGUCACCAUCGUCUUUGUAUAAAAUAACUAAUAAAGAGGGGGAAACUGGAUGAGCGAAUGGUUGUCUCCAGUCGCUCAUGACCCAUUGGGAGAUUUUCACUCGACUUUUUGCUAUUCAACUCGACAUGUGUAAGAGAUUUUUCAAUGAUUUCGACAACCCUUUGAUCUUUUGGGACUAGCUCACCCAUAGGAAAGGUCCAUUUAAAACACCUGCACAGUCUUAAUUGGAUUGGGAGACUUUUAAAAGCUCACAGCUCAUCGUGUCAGCCGAGGAGGACAGCUCCUCUACAGUUUAAUAGAUUUACUGCAAUCCACAUCCCCCAAUCCAACUUUGUGUAUUACCA